AUGGGUUCCAUGUACAGAGCCUCUAAAACCCUAAAAUCGUCGAGACAAGCAUUCUCAUUCUUGUUCAAUUCUCUCAAAUCCAAUCGACGAGAUCCCUUAUGUAUCGGAUUGUACCAAACUUACGAUUUCAGCUCUGAUUCUAGACAGAGCUCCAGAGAACCCGCCAUUGAUUUGACCCAGUUUCCUUCCGAAAAGAUCCGAAAUUUCUCCAUCAUUGCUCAUAUUGACCAUGGUAAAUCUACUUUGGCUGAUCGUCUUAUGGAACUUACUGGCACCAUUAAGAAAGGCCUUGGCCAGCCUCAAUAUCUCGACAAAUUGCAGGUAGAGAGGGAGAGAGGAAUAACUGUAAAAGCUCAAACGGCAACAAUGUUCUACGAGAACAUUGUAAAAGAUCAAGAAGCUAGCGGCUUCCUUCUCAACCUCAUUGAUACACCAGGCCAUGUUGAUUUCAGCUAUGAGGUCUCUAGAUCACUAUCUGCUUGUCAAGGAGCUCUCUUGGUAGUUGACGCAGCUCAAGGUGUUCAAGCACAAACAGUGGCUAACUUUUACUUAGCAUUCGAGUCUAACCUCACCAUCGUCCCCGUGAUCAACAAGAUUGAUCAACCAACAGCUGAUCCUGACCGUGUCAAAGCUCAGUUAAAAUCCAUGUUUGAUCUGGACACAGAUGAUUGCCUUCUAGUCUCUGCUAAAACCGGUUUAGGGCUCGAGCAUGUCCUUCCUGCGGUUAUAGAACGUAUUCCUCCUCCUUCUGGACUUAGCGACUCUCCUCUACGGAUGCUUUUGUUUGAUUCGUUCUUCAACGAGUACAAAGGUGUCAUUUGCUAUGUUUCUGUUGUUGAUGGAAUGCUGAGUAAAGGAGAUAAGGUCUCGUUCGCUGCUUCUGGUCAGUCUUAUGAAGUGUUGGAUGUAGGGAUUAUGCAUCCUGAGCUUACUUCUACAGGAAUGCUCCUCACAGGACAAGUUGGUUAUAUAGUAACCGGCAUGCGAACCACCAAAGAGGCACGUAUUGGUGACACAAUUUACAGAACUAAAACCACUGUAGAGCCUCUUCCAGGUUUCAAACCGGUGAGGCAUAUGGUGUUUUCAGGCGUGUACCCUGCGGAUGGAUCUGACUUUGAUGCACUAGAUCACGCCAUGGAGAAACUGACUUGCAACGACGCAAGUGUCUCUGUAGCUAAAGAGACAAGCACAGCUCUUGGAAUGGGAUUCAGAUGUGGCUUCCUCGGUUUGCUUCAUAUGGAUGUGUUCCAUCAGCGGCUUGAGCAAGAAUACGGUACACAAGUCAUCUCCACAAUCCCUACCGUGCCUUACACGUUUGAAUACUCAGAUGGAAGCAAGUUACAAGUGCAGAAUCCAGCUGCUUUACCUUCAAGCCCUAAAUACAGAGUCACAGCGUCUUGGGAGCCAACGGUUAUCGCCACAAUCAUCCUCCCGAGUGAGUUUGUUGGAGGAGUGAUCAACCUCUGCUCUGACAGAAGAGGCCAGCAGCUAGAAUACACGUUUAUAGACGCGCAGAGAGUGUUCUUGAAGUACCAGUUACCGUUGAGGGAGAUAGUUGUGGACUUCUACGAUGAGCUGAAGAGCAUAACGUCUGGUUACGCUUCUUUCGACUACGAGGACGCAGAGUAUCAGAAGUCUGAUCUUGUCAAGGUUGAUAUUCUGUUGAACGGGCAAGCGGUUGAUGCGUUGGCGUCGAUUGUUCACAGCCAGAAAGCGUACCGUGUGGGGAAAGUGCUUGUUGAGAAGCUGAAGAGCUUUAUAGAUAGGCAGAUGUUUGAGGUGAUGAUACAAGCUGCGAUUGGUUCGAAGAUCAUUGCGAGAGAUACGAUCUCUGCGAUGAGGAAGAAUGUUCUUGCGAAGUGUUAUGGAGGAGAUAUAACAAGGAAGAAGAAGCUUCUUGAGAAGCAGAAAGAAGGGAAGAAGAGGAUGAAGAGAGUUGGUUCUGUUGAUAUACCACAUGAAGCUUUUCAACAAAUACUCAAAGUCUCUUAG